UUGCUACAAGAUUAUCUAUCGCGGACUACAAUGUAUUUAAUACAUUUAUUUAUUAUUGUGUCCACAAUAAUGUGUGCGAGUUCUGAGAUGUCUGACAUUGAAGAAAUGUAUUUAAAUUUUUUUGUUCAGAUAGAAAGUGUACAAAAAUCGAUUGAUAUACUGAAAUUACGAGUAGAUGCUAUGAGUGAAACUUCUAAAAAUAAGCAGCCAUAUGUAGAUAAAGAAACUUUUGAUGAUUUAAAAGCUCAAGUUGAUGCCUGGAAAGAUAAUUUCAAAGCCAAGCAACAGAAUGGAGACAGUAAAAUGGAAAAUUCAGAGUCCCAACAGAGUAAGUAAUAAAUAAUUGGACGGUUCACAGAAAAAACAAAUAUUCAAAUCCAAUUACAAUAUUCAUAAAGUCAAUUGAAUAUUUUAUUGAUAUGGGACCUAUCAUAAAAAUCACAAAAUCAAACAACAAAAUUUGUAAAUAUAUUAU